AACCAAUCUCUCUCUCUCUCUCUCUCUCUCUCUCUAAAGCUUUUCUUUUUCUGGGUUUUCUUCAUUUUUUCUUGAUUAUUAUAAAUAAAACUCUCUCUCUCUCUCUCUCUCUCUCUCUCUCUCUCUCUCCCUCCCUCUGUGUUUCUGUGUGUCUUAAAAACGACAACAAUUCUGGAACCUCCCCUGCUAUAAAAGAGCAAGUUUGGUUAGGGUUUUAGAAACCCACUUGGGAAAAAAAAUAAGAGAGAGAGAGAAGAAUUUAAAGAAAAAAAAAAGAGCUAGAUCAACAUCAAUUGGGUAGCUAUAUAUUAUAUAGUAUAGCUAAUUAAAGUUCCUCUCUUUCUAUCAUCCCACUUCUCCUCUUCAGAGAAAACAGACAUAUAUUUCAUAUUCUUGGAGAAAGAGAGAGAAAUUAAAGAUAGAAAAGAUGGUGAGAGAGGCAUAUGCAUACGGUUCAACAACUGCAGCUAGUAAUAUGGAAAUGAGUGGAGGUGGCGGUGAUGGGGGUGUGAUGAGUAAUAUGAAGCCUGCAUGGCUGGAGGGUUUGAUGGCUGAGACAUUCUUUGGUGGGUGUGGGGUCCACGAGAACCGCAGGAAGAACGAGAAGAACAUUUUCUGUUUGCACUGUUGCCUUAGUAUUUGCCCCCACUGCCUCCAUUCUCACCGUUCUCACCCUCUCCUCCAGGUUAGGCGAUAUGUAUACCACGAUGUGGUUCGAUUGGGUGAUCUUGAAAAGCUCAUUGACUGUUCCUAUAUUCAGCCCUAUACAAUCAACGGUGCCAAAGUGAUAUUCUUGAAUCAGAGGCCCCAGUCUAGGACUUGCAAGCAGGGCUCUGCCAAUAUCUGCCUCACUUGUGACAGGAUUCUUCAAGAGCCUUUCCACUUUUGUUCUCUCUCAUGCAAGGUUGAUCACCUGGUGUACCAAGGGGAAGAUUUAUCUGGCAUACUCUACCGUUUUGAUGAGUCCGACUUCACAAUUUCUCAAUUUGAGGGUUUACGCAUGGAUGGUUCGGAGGUGAUAGAUGAUGAUGGCCACAUGAUUCCUAGCUCCAUCAUAGAGGAGCCUUUGCAAUAUAGAGCUUCAUCAUGCUCCAAUGAGGCCACAAGUGAUUCAGUAAUGUCGCAAGAACCGGAGGUCAUCAAGAAGAAGAAGAAGAAAGGCAGUGGAUUUCUCCCGGGGAUUGUCCUCUCCCUUAGCAGCCGGAGAAAGGGUGCUCCUCAGAGAGCUCCUCUUUCUUAGGCAGAGAGACUUUAAAAAUAAUAAUAAUAUGAAUAAUAAUUAGAGGGCUUAAAUUAUUGGCAUCAUAUGAAAUAUGUUAUUAGGUACCAUAAUACUAUAAGGUUAGUCGGUCCACGGUUAAUAUAGAUUAAUUAAUUUAAUCUGUGUAAUGUUCUAGCAUAUGGUUAUUGUCUGUAUUUGAGUGUUGUUAAUUGUGGGGUGCUUUAUUUUCUUUCUAACUGGGAUUUGCAUGGGGCAUUUCCAUUACUGAGUUUAGGUGGCUGAAGAGAGACUGAUCACUGAUCUAACGGUUAGACUCUCAUCUCCACCAAUUUUGUAUCUAAAGUAAUGGAGCUUGCGGGUAUAUACUAUAUAUUUUCUUUGAUUUAA